AUGGAAAGAGGUGCCGACAGAUUCCCAGCUUUGCCCUGCAACUUGAAUGCCUCGGCCGCCCUGAAAAAGGUCAGCCCGGUGAGCUGCAGCUGGGAAGGUUGGCAGCCCGAGGCGGUCAUCCUGCCGGUGCUCUUCGUCCUUAUCUUCCUCAGGGGCACGGUGGGUAAUUCACUGGUGCUGGCUAUGCUGCUGUGCAGCGGACAAAUGAGCAGCACCACUAACCUGUUCAUUCUCAACCCCAUGGGCGUGGCAGAUCAGUGUUUCGUCGUCUGCUGCGUGCCCUUCCAGGCGACCACCACAUACACUCUGGACCAGUGGAUGUUCAGCACGUUGUUUUGCAAAGCCGUGCACUUUCUCAUCUUCCUCACUAUGUAAGCCAGCAGUUUCAAACUGGCUACUGUCUCUCUGGAUAGACCAAAGGUUGAUGUAGAAGAAGUCACAGUUCCAGGGCAGCUAGUGGACUUCGUGUGGGUCCACAAUUCUCUAGCUUGGUUUAUGGUCCUGAAUGCCAUAGGCAAAAUCCUCCUGGCCCCGACUGGCUGGAACUGUGGACAGGAGAACCCAGACGUGGGCUGCCACACAGAUAGGAAGAGCUACAAAUGUGACCUGCGGACCAAGGCUCUCUGUACUUUUGUCUUCAGCUACCUGCUACCGGUUCUCGUGCCAGGCCGGACCUACGCUGGAACCCUGCACUAUCUCUUAGCGGUCGAUCCAGAGCUGGUUGUCUCCGCAUCCAAGGCCUCUAAGCGCAAAGUGAUAUGCAUAAUAGUCAUUAUGGCCUUGCUCUUCUGCUUCUGUUGGAUGCCCCAUCACACUCUCAUCCCCUGGUUUGGCAGCUUCCCCUUCACUUGAGCCAACUAUGUGCUGCGCAUUCUCUCCCAUCUAGUCUCCUCUGCCAACUCCUACGUCAACUCCAUAGUCUAUGCUCUCGUUAGCAAACACUCCCGCAAGAUCUGUGAGGGGCUGCUCUGCCAAACUCCUCAGCUCAUUUCGCAUCUCGGGCUAGUCGCCCCAAUAAGCACUCGGACGUAA